GUACAUACAACAGCCUUGCUCUCCUGUCUGGCCUGUGGAGCACACAGCCAUGGCAGCUCAGGCAGUUGACAUAUCCAAGCACCGUGCCUCUGCUGAAGGUGUAGGCUGCAACCAGAAAGCCGUGAAGUACCUGGGCCAGGACUUCGAGACACUGAAGCAACAAUGUUUGAACUCAGGGGUCCUAUUUAAGGACCCAGAGUUCCCAGCGUGUCCAUCAGCUUUGGGUUACAAGGAUCUUGGACUACACUCUCCUAAAACUCAAGGCAUCAUUUGGAAGAGGCCCACGGAAUUGUGUUCCAGCCCCCAGUUUAUCAUUGGUGGAGCCACGUGCACAGACAUUUGUCAGGGUGGUCUCGGUGACUGUUGGCUCUUGGCCGCCAUUGCCUCCCUGACCUUGAAUGAAGAGCUGCUUUACCGGGUGGUCCCCAAGGAUCAGAACUUCCAGAAGGACUAUGCGGGCAUCUUUCAUUUUCAGUUCUGGCAGUAUGGAGAGUGGGUAGAGGUGGUCAUCGAUGACAGACUGCCCACCAAGAAUGGACAGCUCCUCUUCCUACACUCCGAAGAAGGCAAUGAAUUCUGGAGUGCACUGCUGGAGAAAGCCUACGCCAAGCUCAAUGGCUCUUAUGAGGCCCUGGCUGGAGGAUCAACAGUGGAGGGGUUUGAGGAUUUCACAGGUGGCAUCUCUGAGUUUUACGACCUGAAGAAGCCACCAUCCUGCCUGUAUCAGAUCAUCCGGAAGGCCCUCCGUGCGGGGUCUCUGCUGGGCUGCUCCAUUGAUGUCUCCAGUGCAGCUGAAGUAGAAGCCAUCACCAGCCAGAAGUUGGUUAAGAGUCAUGCAUACUCUGUCACUGGAGUCCAAGAGGUAGAUUUCCGCGGUCGUCCAGAGAAGCUGAUCAGACUCAGGAACCCAUGGGGAGAAGUGGAGUGGUCAGGAGCCUGGAGUGAUGAUGCACCAGAGUGGAAUGAUAUAGAUCCCAGGCAGAAGGAAGAGCUGGAUAAGAAGGCUGAGGACGGAGAGUUCUGGAUGUCAUUUUCAGAUUUCUUAAAGCAGUUUUCUCGCCUGGAGAUCUGUAACCUGUCCCCAGACUCUCUGAGCAGCGAGGAGGUGCACAAAUGGAACCUGCUUCUGUUCAACGGCCGCUGGACCCGGGGCUCCAGUGCUGGGGGCUGCCAGAACUACCCAGCCACUUAUUGGACCAAUCCCCAGUUCAAAAUCCAUUUGGAUGAGGUGGAUGAAGACCAGGAGGAGGGCGAUGGUGAACCCUGCUGUACGGUCCUGCUGGGUCUGAUGCAGAAAAAUCAUAGGCGACAGAAGAGGAUAGGCCAGGGCAUGCUAAGCAUUGGCUACGCUGUCUACCAGCCACAUCCCAGUAAGAUGGAUCAAGAAGAUGGCCAAUUCAAGAGCCUGUUGGAGAAGCUUGCAGAGAAGGAUUCUGAGAUCAGUGCUAAUGAGCUCAAGAAGGUUUUGAAUGGGGCAUUUUCCAAACGAACAGACAUAAAAUUUGACGGAUUCAACAUCAAUACUUGCAGGGAAAUGAUCAGCCUGUUGGAUAGCCAUGGAACGGGCACCUUGGGGCCAGUGGAAUUCAAGAUGCUCUGGCUGAAGAUUCAGAAGUAUCUGGAGAUCUACCAAGAAAUGGAUCAUAACCACAUGGACACUAUCGAUGCCCAUGAUAUGAGGACAGCUCUCAAGAAGGCAGGUUUCAUCCUCAACAACCAGGUGCAGCAGACCAUCGCUGUGCGGUAUGCAUGCAGCAAACUUGGCAUUGACUUUGACAGCUUCGUUGCUUGUAUGAUCCGCCUGGAGACCCUCUUCAAACUGUUCAGACUUCUGGACAAGAACCAGGAUGGCAUCAUUCAGCUUUCUCUGGCUGAGGUAAAUGGCCUGAGGUUUGAUGAACUGCUUGUUGAAGUGGCUGUGCUGCGUGUUGGUCUGACCCAGGGUUUUGGACGUCGGCGACACUCCCUGCGUCCCUGCUUGCUUCUUUUCUCCCCUUCUUUACAUUUUCCUGAACACUUAUCCUCAAGCAGCAUUCAUUCACUGGUUAUUCAUAUCUUUCUUGCCUCUCACUGUGCCCUGGGAUCCUGGCCCGUCCCAGCAGAGCAGCACCCACCUGUGAGCUGUUUCAGCUGAAUCAGGGCCCAGUAGAGGAAAAGCGAUCAAUUAGCAGGCAUCCUCAAACUUUUUAAACAGGGGGCCAGUUCACUGUCCCUCAGACCGUUGGGGGGCCAGACUAUAGUUUAAAAAAAAAAACAAACUAUGAACAAAUUCCUAUGCACACCGCACAUAUCUUAUUUUGAAGUAAAAAGACAAAACAGGAACAAAUACAAUCAUACCGCCUCAUGUGGCCCAUGGGCCGCAGUUUGAGGACCCCUGAUUAAAGUGUGGACUCGAGUGGUUUCUGCCCUUCUCUAGUGGUGUGUUAUCUAUUGCACCCUGAGCUUCUGAUGCUUUAGGAAAGAUAGUCUUGGGAAGUGACGCAACCCCAAACUGCUGAAAGAUAGAAAAUGUGGAUUAAUUUCUUGGAGGCAAGGCCUGCUAUGGACCCCUAGGGGCUGCCUUCAAGAAAGGAGCCCAGGGGGCAGCGCCUGUGGCUCAAGGAGUAGGGCGCCGGUCCCAUAUGCCAGAGGUGGCGGGUUCAAACCCAGCCCUGGCCAAAACCACAAAAAAAAAAAAAAAAAAAAAAAGAAAGGAGCCCAGGAAGGGUGCAGGGAUGGGCUACAGGGACAACAGGGCUCUCCUCCUUACUUGCGGCAGGGGAAGCUGCUACGCAGAGCUGACUGGACUUCUUACCUGACAAAUAGCUACAGGUGAAAUGCAAUUCAGGUUAGUUUUUUCACAGCUGAACACAGACAUCUUUGUUGUUGCUAAGAAAAUAGAUGCCCAGGCUGGGUGCAGUGGUGGUUCACGCCUGUAAUCCCAGCACUCUGGGAGGCCAAGGUGGGUGCAUUGCUUAAGCUCAGGAAUUCCAGACCAGCCUGAGCAAGAGGGAGACCCCAUCUCUAAAAAAAAAAAAAAAUCAAAGAAGAAAAGACCCAAUAGAGAAUGAGGGGGCAGGUUCUUAAAUGAGGAGAAGAGGGAAAAGCUCAGGGUGUCAUCCCUUGGGGAGUGACUCUGCCAUCACACCACUGCAGGGAAGGCUCAGUUAAUCUGAGUAUGAAGAAUAGGAAUAUUUGUUUUAUAUCUGUGGAUCCCAGAAGAAAAGGGUCCUUCCCUGUUCAGUUAGGGGUCUGAGGGUGGGGGAGGACAAGUGCAUGGCCCACCACCCUCCGGCUGCCUGGAGAGGCCACCCUGCCUGCCCCUCUGGCCCACCUGAUGUUUUUUGCACGCUCAUUGACACACUGACUAGGUACAAGACUCCACCCUCCCUCAUUCUUCACUGAACCCCAUUCUCCAUUGUACUCCUUUAGAAAGCAUUGCAGACCAAUUCUCCCCUAAAUAUACAGUGCUUUAUUAUAAUCAACUUGCAACAAGUAGUUAUAUUUUGAAGCUCAACAGGUUCAACUAUUUUAGGCAAUAGUCUGGUAA